AUGCCUAAACCAUCUGAAGAAGUUUGGAGAGAAUCGGAAGAAGGUUUUCGUGAAAAAUGGAAUUUUCCUAACGCGAUUGCUGCCAUUGAUGGAAAACACGUAUUGAUACAGGCACCACCGCACAGUGGAUCAAAUUAUUUUUGUUAUAAAAAACACUUUAGUACGGUGCUAUUAGCGUUAGUGGAUGCAAAUUAUAAAUUCAUAGUCGUAGAUAUUGGGGCUUUUGGCUUACAGAAUGGAACACUAAAUAUACCUUCACCAAAAAUACUACCAGAGGGCAAUGACGUAUUACCUCACGUCAUAAUUGGUGAUGAAGCUUUCCCAUUAUGCACGGAUUUAAUGCGACCAUACUCACGCGACGAUGCACAAAGAAACGAAGAAAAAAAAGUGUUUAACUAUCGGUUGAGUCGUGCUAGAAAUACUGUGGAAAAUACGUUUGGAAUAUUGGCACGGAAAUUUAGAAUAUUCGAACGUAAAUUGUCUAUGUCUCAAGAACACAUUGUGUGUGUGGUAAUGGCUACAUGCUGCUUGCACAACUUUCUAAGAAAUGACACGUGUCACUGGACAGAAAAUGAUUUGAAUAUUUCUAUUUCCAACAUGAUAGGACUGCAAGACUUAAGAAAUAUAGGUGGAAAUUCGAAAACAGAUGCUCUAGCAGUUAGGGAUGGUUUCAAAAGUUAUUUCAAUUCAGCAACAGUGUCAGUAGAAUGGUAA